AACACCCCCGAGCAACCAUGGAUGCCACACAGCUGACGGAACUGAUCAGCAGCCACGACUUCAUGCAGCUUCAGCAGCAGUUGCAUCACAACAACAACAACUACAACACAGAUGGACACAAUGGCUUGUCCCCAGAGUCGGCGGAGAGAAGUUCCCGACCCGUAAGACGUGUCACAAGGCGCACCUCACAGUUAAGCAAUAAUACUUACGAUCUGGAGAUGACAGAUUCCAGUUCGCAGAGCGAUGAUACGAGCGGUGGGGGCGGCAGCAGCAAUGGAGGUGGCAGCAGCACCAACAAUCCGCAGGGGCACUCCCAGGGUAAUCAACGGCCCUCGAGUAGAGGUCGUGGGCAGCAGAGCAACGGCGGAUGUGCGUCGAGCCUCACUCCGAACAGUGCCAAUUCCAGUUCUUCGAAUUCAAAUGCCAAUCGGCGGCGCAAGGGAGCGCUGAAUGCCAAGGAGCGGAAUCUCAGGCGUUUGGAGUCCAACGAGAGGGAGCGCAUGCGAAUGCACAGCCUGAACGAUGCGUUUCAGUCGCUGCGCGAGGUCAUUCCGCACGUGGAGAUGGAGCGGCGGCUGUCAAAGAUUGAGACACUGACGCUGGCCAAGAACUACAUCAUCAAUCUGACGCACAUCAUACUCUCGAAGCGGAACGAGGAGGCGGCUGCAAUGGAGCUGAAUGGCGGUGCCGUUGGCGGUGUCCUUCUUUCCAGCCUCACGGCGGACGCCAGUGGCGGCACGAAUGGUGCAUCGGCCAAUGCCGCGGCCGCACUUUGCUUUGAGGAUGCUCUGGCCAAUGGUGGGGCCUACGAUUGUGCUCUGUUGGCUGCUGCCGAUGGCACUUUGCUGAAUGCAGCCGCCGUUUCGGCCAAUCCUGCGAUGCAGAGUCUCCAGCCCCAGGCGAUGCACAUGCAGCAGACACAGUUGGAGCCCACAUCCCAUCAUCCACAGCAGCAGCAGCAACAGCAGCAACAGCAGCAACAGCAGCAACAGCAGCAGCAGCAGCAACAGCAUCACCAUCAUCAACAGCAACAGCAGCAGCAGACGAUGCAUGGUCAUGGCCACAUGGGAGCCACAAUGAUGCUCACCCAACAGCAGCAGCAGCAGCAGCAGCAGCCCCAACAGCAGCCGACACUCAUCCUGAAUGGCUCCACAACGGUUAAUGUGGGCGUCGGAGUUGGCGUAGGAGUUGGUGUGGGUGUGGGUGUCGGAGUUAAUGUCGGCGUGGGCGUUGGGAUUGUGUCCGGCGUGGGUGUCGGUGUAGGUAACAAUUCCGGCAACUUUACAGAUGUUAAUGAUAAUUUUGAUGAACCAUUUCGAGAGUUCCUCUAAGGUGGGGCCUGAUCUAAGGAGUAUAGAGAUGAUAAAAAUAGAAUUUAUAGAAUAUAGAAAGCGGGAAAAGGCAAAGAAUUUGUUUUCCCUGAGUGGAGUUUAGUUUAAGAAAUUAAAUUAUUCGAACGUAAACGAUAUUUUGCCAUAGAAAUAGUAAAACUUAGAUGUUGGCAGUACCAAAGCGCUACAUAUUUUUAGAAUAAACCUUUCAGAUACAAUGCCGCUGCAAAUAUUCCAACCUUUCAAGCACAACUGUACUUCAGUCUGUUCCUUCAUCUAUUCAGCAUUUAUUUUCAAUCUCUUGUCAACCUAAACACAACUGUACUUCAUGCCUGUUUCAUUCCACUAUUCCCACAGCCAGCUAUAAAACACUUCAACAAAUUAAUCAAAAUGGCAAAAAAAAAAACUUGAACUCAUCCUGAAAUAUCAGAAAAUUAUAUAGGAAUUUAGAAUAAAUAUACGUACAUAGAAAUUAAGUCAAACAUUAACCAUAAAAAUACAUAUAUGGAAUAUUAAAAUCCUAUACAUACCAAAAACAAAAGCUAAGCCCCUAGAUUGUAAGUUGAUCAACAGAAAUAGAUUCAAAAUAGAGUCAAUAUAUUAUAUAUACAUUAUAUGCAAUUAAUCCAAAGUUGUUAUAACAUAAGAGCCCCAUAAGGAUAGUAGAUUAUUGAGAAACACUGUAAUUGUAUAUAUAGAAAUGAAGUAAAAACGGACGGAAGCAAACACCAGAUACAGAUGAAAGGGAGUCGAACUCUCAACGAGUUUCGUCGCUAUAUAUAAAUACAUAUAUACACAUAUAUAUAUAAUUGUCAGCAAUAGCAACAAAAACAAAGCAUCAAUUAACGUUAACUAGCAGUCCUGGCGCGACUACGGAACGAUAGAGACGACAACGACAACGACAUCGACACUGACGACGACGGCAGAGUGACGCGCCAAUAAGUUAAUUUACCACCCAUGAUCUUUUUAAUGCACUUGAAAUUUAUCGUACUACGGAUGUAAUGGUUCCCGGAGCAGGGUAACAAAACAAUUAACACACCGAAACGUUGAAUGGCACAUUGAAAUUGGCACACUUCCGAUUGUACCCCAUGCCCUGCCCAUGGCUGUGUAACUAACGGAAGGAACACCACUGUAGGACUUACGGGUGGGAAAGGAAAGUGUGCCAGAGCGGGACAACCCGAUAUGGCAGUGUGGGGUGCGGUACCGUGUGCGGUACAACGGUAAACAGUAAUAAAAUAACGGUGCUCGAUGGGUGGCACAUGAUACAGAGAGUGUCAGUGUGAGUGGAUGAGGGCGUGGGCGUGGGCGUGGGCGUGAGUGUGGAUGUGGAUGGA